AUGGAAAGCAUAGAUGAUGAGGAUGAGUUCUUGAGUCUUAAACUUGCCAUUGCCACACAACAACCAUUAGGGCGUGAAAGGAACAAGAAAAAGAAGAGACGAGAAGACUUAGUUGAUAUUCUGAAUUAUGAAGAAGAGGUAUAUAGUCUCCUCAAAAUAGGAGAGCAGAUGCUGAACUCGACUCACAAGACCAGCAAAGAAAACGUGGGAGGCCACCGAGAAGGCCUCCACUUGAUCCACUUGUUGUUGGUUGCCGCGGCGGCGGUCAACGACAACAACCUCACCUCGGCCAUGGCAAACCUUAGUGAGUUGUGCCAAAAUGUGUCCGUACUAGGAGACGCCAUUCAAAGGGUUUCCGCGUACUUCGCAGCCGCCUUAACCGCCCGUCUCCUAACCCAAAAAUCGCCCUUCUACCACACCAUAAUGAAGCCCCCAACCCCCCAAGAAGAGUUCUUAGCCUUCACACACCUCUACAAAGUCUCCCCUUUGUACCAAUUCGCUCACUUCACCGCUAACCAAGCCAUCAUUGAAGCCUUCGAGAACGAAUCACAAACCAAUAAUAACACUAACGCCUCUUUGCACGUCAUUGACUUCGACAUCUCCUAUGGCUUCCAAUGGCCAUCCCUAAUCCAAUCCCUCUCACAAACGUUAUUAAACCGCGUUUCCCUUAGGAUAACCGGGUUCGCCACAACCUUAAACGAGCUAAAAGAAACCGAGGCGAGGCUCCUAAGCUUCGCCAAAGGCUUCCGCAAUUUGUCGUUUGAGUUUCACGGUUUGUUGAAAGGGUCCCACCUAGGAAACAUAGUAACACGCGAGAACGAAACCACGGCGGUCAACUUAUCCUUUCACGUCAACAGAUUAUUAACCGACAACAUUAGUGAAACCUUAAAAGCGGUCCAUUCUCUCCGCCCUUCAAUCGUCACCGUGGUGGAGCAUGACGUUUGCAGGAAAUUACCUCGGAGUUUCCUACCAAGGUUCAUGGAAUCUCUGCACUACUUCGCGGCCAUGUUUGAUUCCUUGGACGAUUGUCUCCCCAUAGAGAGCCAUGAGAGGCUGAGCAUCGAGAAUCAUCUCGGGAGAGAGAUCAAAAGUGUGAUGAAUUUUGAUGAUCAACGAAAUGAGAGCGAGAUAAUGGAGAUGUGGAAAGGGAGAGGAGUAUUGGAGAGUGGGGGGUUUUGUGAGAUGGAAUUGAGCUCUAAGAAUGUAAUGCAAGCCAAACUGCUUUUGAAAAUCAGAAGCCAUUCUCCUUCUCCUUCUUCUGAUUCUUCUUGUUCAUCGUCUUGUGUUAAUGGUGGAUUUAGAGUGGUUGAGAGAGAUGAUGGGAAGGGUAUUUCUCUAGCUUGGCAAGAUAGGUGUUUGAUAACUGCAUCUGCAUGGCAGUGUGUAUGACUGGAUCGAUCGAUCGAUCAUGUUGUCAAAUAGUUCUAACUUAUUAAUUUCUUUCUUUCUGGUAAAA